AUGUUACCUGUCAACAACACGAGCUGGGGGAGCGGCGAUUAUUCAGUUUUGACGAAUCUUACUGAGGAAGAAUGUCUGCAGGCCUGCCUAAAUGAUUGCAUGUGUGUUGUGGUAACACAUGGCGUACUUCCGACGGUUGGCGAUGCAGCUUGCUACAUGAAAAUGCUGCCUAUGACUGACGGCCGUCAAGGAGCUGACAUUACAACUAGAUCUUUUGUGAAAGUGGCUGGCGACAUCCUACCACCAUCGGGAAAACAAAGGAAGCGAAGGAUUGCUGUAGAGCUGCCCCAAGAGAACAGUAUAGUUAGCGCAAAGCUUACUACACGCGAGUCUAAGGUUGUGGAAGGCUGGAAAGAGUAUUCUUAUACUGAGAUAGAAACUAUUACAGAUUUCAGUAGAGUGCUAGGAAACGGGGCCUUUGGUACCGUCUUUGAGGGCUCCUUGCCUAAUGAAAGAGCAAAUGAGGGCUCCGUGCCUGAUGAAAGAGCAGGUGCUAUGAAAGUUGCUGUGAAGAAACUUCAUGUUCAAGAAGCCCAGGCAGAAAAUGAACGGAGCGACUUCGAAACGGAGAUGAAGGCUAUUGGUACAAGCCAUCAUAAAAAUCUUGUCAGAUUGUACGGUUUCUGCAAAGAGGGUCCACAUCGGUUUCUGGUGUACGAGUUCAUGUGCAAAGGAUCUUUAGGCAAAGUUCUGUUCAGGGGUAGCGUCUUUCUUGAUUGGAGAGUACGUGUUCAAAUUGCAAAGGGAAUAGCAAGAGGUAUCCGCUAUCUGCAUCAAGGAUACGGUCCCCAAAUUCUGCACAUUGACAUAAAGCCCCAAAACAUUCUGCUGGGCCAAAAUUACAAUCCUAAAAUAUGUGACUUUGGCAUAGCAAAAUUGUUCACGGCCGAACAGACUCAUCAUACCUUGACUUCGGCUCGGGGCACCACUGAUUACAUGGCGCCUGAGUUACUCAAUGGUGAGCAAUGUUACUGCUAA